AUACUAAUUCGCUCGAAGGGCGAUGAGAUCGAUCAGCCUUCAGGGCACUCCGUUUUGUCUGAUCAAGUGACAAAUUCCUCAGGACGUCGGAAGGAAUAUUCGCCUUGAAGACGGCAUUCUCUGUCUCGAGGCGGUAGAUAUGCGAUUCUAGCUCAGUGAUCUUCCCUCGUAACACGUCGAGUUCUUCACGUACGGCAAACAUUAGAUGGGUUUUGACGAGGUCCAUAGCUUGCUCGAUCUUCGAAUCAAUGGCUGACGUUGAUGGCUGUCCCAUACCGUUAUUACUCCCUACAGCACCCGCUAAUAAAUCGCUUCGUUUCGUCGGAUUGAUUCGGUUUCGUAUUUCAUGUGGAGUAAGUGAACUCUCGAGACCUCUUUGAAGUCUUUCAUCUGCUGCUCUUCGAAUGUGAUGCCGUUCCGGCCCUUCAAAUCACAACUUUCAGUUUGGAAUAUCAAAGACACAAGAAAACCGGUCUCAGAAAGCGCUGUAACCGAAAUAGAAGCGCUAAAAAUAGCCCGGAAUCGAAAUUCCUCUCUACGAGUGUACAUCUCAAGCCCAAAUUGAUGAGCCGCUCAAUUUUUUAUUACCUUUUUUAUUAUUCAAAACGGAGACGGCGUCAUUUGGAGUGA